AUGAGCAAACGACCACACGAAGGAGGGGACUCUGCGUUAGCAAAGAAGGCCAAAAGUGACGCGACACCAUCGGCCUCGGGUGGGUCAGGGCAGCUGUCCGCAGAUGCACUCAUUGCUGCAAAACGCGCCGAAAUUGCGGCCAAGCUGGCUGCGUUUAAAAAGACUCAGGGCGGAGGUAGCUCUGCCCCUCCUGCCCCGGCAUCAUCCAUCGCUGCCCCCAUACCCAAUAACCUUCCUCCUAAACCGGCCCUCCCCGACAAAAGCGAUAUUGCCAAGAAGAUCGAAGAGGCGAAGAGACGAGUCGCGGAGGGUGUCGCUAAAAAAGCAGUACAGGAUAACCCGUACCUUAGCGCUGCUCCCAGCAAGAAAAAGGGCGCCGCUCCUGUUGAAGUCGUUCAACAAGGCUCUGGGUUAAAGAUGGCGGCCCAUCCUCUGUUGCUCGACACGGCGCCGACCCAACUUUCUCAAUCCAAGAAGGAUCGUUACAAGCCGAUGCUGCCGAAGUUUGCAUCUAUCAAGGCCAACGUACGGAAUCAACCCUCUCCAUCUCCUGCUCCUACGCAUACCCCAACACCCACGAUCGAGAGGUCCACAAGUGCAACCGCGAACCCAUAUGCCUCUGGUGGUGGUGCAGCUGGCGAAGAUGGAACUUUCGAGGGUGCUACACCUGCUGUCAAGGAUAGGAUUGGGCGUAGUUUCCGGUUCAAUCAAAAAGGAAAAUACGUUGCAAUGGGGAAUCAAAUCCGGCAAGAUGCACAAUUGGAGGCGUUGAAACAAAAGAUCGCUGAGAGCGCGAGAAAGGCUGGCUUGGACAGCGAAUUCGAGACACUCGAGAGAAACAUUCGACGCGAAGCACCUCCUGCAGUGGAGUGGUGGGACGCAUCCCUUCUUCCAAACAAAACAUACGACGACUUAAACCCCCAAUCCGAUUCUAAAGAGAUAAACUUGGCCAACACCAACAUUCGAUCCCAGGACUCACCUAUCACGAUGUAUGUUCAACAUCCCAUUCCGGUACCUGCACCAUGGGAAAAGAACCAAACAGAGCUCAAACCGCUCAAGCUUACGAGCAAAGAGGCAAAGAAACUCCGGCGUAGACGACGCAUGGCGGACUUGCAAGAGAAACAGGACCGUGUUAGAAUGGGUCUCUUGCCACCCGACCCGCCUAAAGUUAGGUUGGCCAAUUUGAUGAAGGUAUUGACUACGGAUGCCGUCCAAGACCCAACGAAGGUCGAGGCUCGCGUCAGACGUGAGGUUGCUGCCCGCAAGGUUGCACACGACAAGAUGAACAACGAACGCAAACUUACCGACGAACAACGGCGCGAGAAGGUUGAGAACAAGAAGGCUGAGGAAGAGCGUAAAGGCUUAUUUGUGGCCGUGUUCAAAAUUAAAACUCUUUCGGAUCCCUCCCAUCGCUUCAAAGUCCGUAAGAACGCCGAGCAGUAUGGGCUUACAGGGAUGUGCAUAUUCAACCCUUCUUUUGCUCUGGUCAUUGUCGAAGGAUCUCACAAGGCUAUCAAAGGCUAUAAGAGACUGAUGCUUGUCCGUAUUGAUUGGACCCAGGCUGCCGGUGCCCGUGAUGUGGAUGAAGACGCACCCCCUCCCAAAGAGGAUCAGGAUGAAGAAGGCGGACCCGUCUCGCUUGAAAACAACCGAUGUGACCUUGUUUUUGAAGGGCCCGUCCGCGAGCAUAAUUUCCAGAGCUUCAAACCCAAGCGCUGCCCGACUGAUGCCAUGGCGAAGGAGGCGUUGGGCACCAAGGCGGCGCCUUACUGGGAUACAGCUAAAACUUUCGUGGAAGACGUUUACUCGUAA